CGCUAACGACCUCGCGCUCGAUACUUGGCUCACUCCGCCAUGCUCGCACUGGCGAUACCGCUGCGAGCAAGGGCGUCCCUGGGACCCUUCAGAUUGCCACUGUCUACGCGUAAACCGACUCGCAUACUACUCCCGUACCGGUAUGCACCAAAUGUUAGAUGCUUGGCUACGCCUGUGACGUCCACCCCAUCGUCUUCACCGCCUCCGGGAAAUUAUCUGGGGAGCUCUUUAGCUCCCAAGGCUGAGAAGAAACCAUCCCUGCUCUCUCGAAUCCUCCCCGCGUCCUUCGAAAACACUGGAGGAUCUGUAUCUUCCUUCCGCAAGAUCGCCGCGCUCGCGAAACCAGAGCGCAAGCCGCUGGGCAUCUCGAUUGGUCUUCUUGUGGUGUCAUCAUCUGUGUCCAUGAGUAUUCCUUUCACAAUUGGGAAGCUGAUUGACUUCUUCACGUCAAGUCAGCCUCAAAUCCCCUUGGGUCUCAGCCUGGGCCAAGCAUCUGCGCUCUUGCUGCUCCUCUUUACAGUCGGCGCUGCAGCCAAUGCAGGACGGGCCAUGCUCAUGCGUAUCUCAGGACAACGGAUUGUGGCCCGGCUACGCGAACGCAUGUACACCGCGGCUCUGCAGCAAGAAGUCGAGUAUGUUGAACGCGGUGAAGGUGAUGUCAUAAGCCGUUUGAGUGUGGAUACAAGUAUUGUCGGUGAGAGCGUGACACAGAAUCUGUCUGACGGCCUACGGUCCGUGAUCAUGUCUUCUGUUGGAUUGGGGGCAAUGUUCUAUAUUUCACCUCAGUUGACCCUCCUCAUGCUUACGAUCGUGCCGCCAAUAUCGCUCGGGAUUGUGUUCUACGGGAGGUACCUGAAGAAGCUCUCGAACCAAACACAGGAGGCCCUUGGUGAGAUGACUAAGGUUGCACAAGAGUCACUGUCCGCCCUACGUACGGUGCAAGCGUUCGACGCACUUCCACAAGAACAAAGUAAGUUCCACCAAAAGGUUGGCAGCGUACUGGCGCUUGCUCGCAAGGAGGCGAUCGCAAGCGGAAUAUUCUUUGGGAGCACGGGGUGGAGCGGAAAUGUCACCCUGCUCGGAUUGCUCGGAUAUGGCGGUACACUCGUGAGCCAAGGCGCGAUCUCAGUGGGAGACUUGACAAGUCUGCUGCUGUACACGGUAUAUGUCGGAAAUGGCUUGCAGAUGCUCACGUCGUUUUUUACGUCCAUCAUGCGCGGCGUAGGGGCGGGCGUACGCAUCUUCGAGCUGCUCGACCGCUCACCUGCUAUCUCACCUGAUGUCGGCGCCGAGGUUGACCCUGCGCGUCGUGGCCCGGUGCGCUUCGAGAAUGUGACGUUCGAAUACCCCAGCCGGCCAGGGGUUGAGAUCCUCAAAAACCUCGACCUUGACGUGAAGGUCGGGGAGAGCGUUGCCAUUGUAGGCCGGAGUGGCAGUGGCAAGUCGUCGAUCAACUCGCUCCUCAUGCGGUACUAUGAUCCCGUUAAGGGAAAAGUGACGUUCGAUGGUCAAGACAUCCGGGAGUUCAAGCCAUCUUCGUGGCGGAACAUAAUUGGCGUCGUUCCACAAGACCCUGUUCUGUUCACAGGAACAAUAGCGUCCAACAUUGCAUAUGGCCACGACCAUGCGACACAAGAGCAAAUCGAGACAGCCGCACGAGAAGCAAAUUGUGAGUUCAUCUGGGGGAUGCCCCAGGGAUUUGAGACACAGAUUGGUCGGAUGAGCCUCAGUGGUGGGCAGCGACAGCGAUUAGCUAUCGCCCGGGCGCUACUCAAGAAGCCAGCAAUCUUGGCUCUGGAUGAGGCUACUAGCUCGCUCGAUGCCUCAUCGGAACACCGCGUAAACGAUGCGAUAGACAAGAUUCUUCGCUCGCGCCAGACUACUUGUCUAAUCGUCGCACAUCGUCUUUCGACCAUCGCACGUGCUGAGAAAAUUGUCGUGCUCGAAGACGGACAUGUCACGGAAAUGGGCACAUAUAGACAAUUGGUUCACAAGGAGGGAUCGAGAUUCCGUGCCCUCAUGGCCGCACAAUUGAACGCUGCCGCGGGGGAGACGUCGAGCUCCGACCCCGCGAGCUCGACCCCGCGACCAUCACCAGAUGGAAGAGGCCAAACACAGCCUUCAGCCUCGCCGCCAUGAGCCAUUAUCGAACGACAAUUGUCGCAUCGGGAGACGCUGGGACACGAGACAAGGGGGUGUGUACUAUUGUACGGCAUAUCGAUAAUGUUGUAUCUAGAUCUUUCAAGAGAAUUGCCUUCUCGAGGCAUGGAGGUGUCCUUCCUG